AGUCUACAUACUCCCACAUCCGACUUGACAGCUCCACAACAUUGCGCUCGCCGGAGCGAGACUCACCUUGCUGCCCUCUGAUUUUUGGACUACACUUGUGUGUGUUGUUGUUUUUUUCCGGAUGAGACCUGGAGGUGAGAUGGCUUCGCAGGAGACUUUUAACGACUUGGGGUGCACUUCGUCCGAGGAGGACAGUAACCGUGCGGAUUUGGCUGAAAGGACGGCGGAGAAGAAGACGGCUCCGGUGGCGGUGCGUAGGCAUCAUCCGUUCAGCGUGGAGGCGCUCAUGUCAGUGAGGAAGACGGACGGCCGCGGCGGAGAGUCCACCUGUUGUAAACCGGAGGGAGGUUCGGUGGCCGUGUCCCCUAUAGCUUUAAACUCUCUGUAUCUGUGUCGGGAGACGUGCAGUCUUCCCGGGGGGAGCCGAAAGAGUUUAACGACUGCGCCCUUGUCGCCGGUAAAAUCCGAGGCUUCGGAGUCAGAGGACGGCGCACCCUGGGUCACCAACAGCGCCUUUACCACGCAGCCUCGUCAUGUCAGUCCUGCCUGUCCGUUGAGGAAACACAAGACCAACCGCAAGCCCCGCACUCCCUUCACCACGUCUCAGCUUCUGGCCCUGGAGAGGAAGUUUAGGCAGAAGCAGUACCUGUCCAUCGCAGAGCGGGCCGAGUUCUCCUCCUCCUUGACCCUGACAGAGACCCAGGUGAAGAUCUGGUUCCAGAAUCGCCGGGCCAAAGCCAAGAGGCUCCAGGAGGCCGAGCUGGAGAAACUCAAGAUGGCAGCUGACGCCAAGACGGUGGCAGUGGCAGCAGCCGCCGCUGGAGGUUUGCACCCUGGCUUUACGUUACCACUGUCACUGGGCGCCAUGUCACUGUAUGGACAGUCGUACUCUGCCUAUCACCACCACCACAGACCCAUGCUGCCCAUUUCACCUUUAGGACUGUAUGCUGGUCCUCUGGGCUACAGCAUGUAUCACUUAUCAUAAAAAUGGAAAUAUCAGAGACUUUGGUGAAAUGUGGUGCGAUAUGUUUCCAAGGAUUCCCAAAAAUGGACACAGAGGACAUGUGGCUGACAUUUAAAAAAAAAAAAAAAAUCUAUGUUAGUUAAUAAUAUAUCUACUGCACAAGGAGUGUUUGAAUCAACUUAAUGAGCACUUCAUGUCAAAUUAAAAAUAUAUUUUUUUCUACAGCGAGGAUAAAAAAAAACAUCCUCUUGCCCCCUUGGACUGCCUGUUUACAUGACAUGUCUAUAAGGAGGGGCGUUACUGUCCAGCUGUUUAUACUUGUUUACUUUGGCAAUAAUUGAGCUGGGCGAGGACUUGCACUGGGCACAAUAAUACAAAGUACAACGUUUCACUUAAGCCUUUCUCUUAAUUCAAUACAGUGCCUUGUGUUGGGCCUUAAUAUUAAGACUCUUUGUACACUUUGUAUGGAUGAUGAGUGUUUCAGCUACUCAGGCCAAAUAAAACAUAUAAUUGAAGCAUCCUUUUAAUUUCCAUUCUGCAAACGUGUCUGCCUUGAAAAACUGUUUUCAAACCUUCUCAAUUUCGACAACAGACAAAUUCAGGUUCGUGAGCUGUUCCAGACAGUAAGUUUAAUCCUCAAAUGAUUCACCACAAUGGAAACUUUACACAAUCGUCUCUCUUUUAUCUCUCGCAGCAAUAAAAAAACAUUUCCGUCACUCCCUAAUGUUCUUACCAUGCAUUUAUAGAGUGCAGACAUAUUUAUUCUCUUUGAAAUAUAAUAAUGCUGGGAUGUAUGUAUGCCUUAUGUUGUGUAUUUAUGU